AUGGAUAAGCUCCAAGUACAGUACUGUCACUUUUGCUCAGAAAACUUACGGGAAACUAAUCCUUUUGUACUGAAUAUACUCAAAGAUCUGGAUGAAGAAAUUACAGAGAAACCAGAAAAAGAAAUCAUAUUAAACAUUGCUGGGAACAACCGCUUACGGAAGGUACAAAGAUUGACAGGUGAAGAUUUUUGGCUUCUUUCCAAAGUUUUAAGGAACCGGUCAUUGAUCAUUGGUCUAGAUGUGAGGUAUAACCUCAUAAGCGAUGUUGGUGCCUACUAUGCUGCAAAACUGCUUCAGAAACAACCACACCUUACUUACUUAAACCUUAUGUUUAAUGAUAUUGGACCUGACGGUGGAGAAUUGAUUGCCAAAGCACUGCAUAAAAACAGAACUCUCAAAUACUUGCGAAUGACUGGAAAUAAGAUUGAAAAUACAGGCGGCAUGGUUUUUGCUGCAAUGCUGCAGAUUAACUCAUCCCUGGAGAAACUGGAUCUGGGUGACUGUGAUCUGGGAUUGCAAAGUGUGAUAGCAUUUUCUACAGUACUCACUCAAAACCAAGCAAUCAAGGGGAUAAACCUGAACCGACCUAUACUGUAUGGAGAACAGGAAGAGUCUACAGUUCACAUGGGACACAUGUUGAAAGAAAAUCACUUCCUUGUUGAACUGCACUUGUGUAAACAUGACAUGAAAAAUUUUGGUAUGCAACAGUUGUGCAACGCACUGUAUCUGAACAGCAGCCUACGCUACCUUGAUGUCAGCUGCAAUAAAAUAACCCGUGAUGGAAUGGUGUAUUUGGCUGAUGUACUGAAAAGCAAUACUACCCUGGAAGUAAUAGAUCUUUCUUUUAACAGAAUAGAAAACGCAGGCGCGAAGUACCUCAGUGAAACUCUAACUUCCCACAACAGGAGUCUUAAAGCAUUGUCUGUAGUCAGCAACAAGAUAGAAGGAGAAGGGCUUGUUGCACUUUCACAGUCAAUGAAAACAAACCUCAUAUUAUCUAAUAUCUACAUUUGGGGAAACAAAUUUGAUGAGGCUACAUGUGUGGCAUAUUCAGAUUUGAUGAAGAGUGGCCGGCUAAACCCAGACAAUACAGAUGUGGAACCAUAUGAGGUGGAUGGGCAUGUCUACCUUGCAGAAGUCUCCAAUGGUCUUAAAAGGCAUUAUUACUGGACACCAACUUAUGGAAAUCCUUAUGAUUAUUCAUCUUCUGCAGGCUUUGCUCUUGUUCCAGUAGGCCAACAUCUAUAAGAAACAAGCUUGAAAAUAGUUUUCACACA